CUCCAGCACCCACGUGGCAAGCCAACUAAACAAAGAAAAAAAAUGGCCCUCUUCAGCAACGAUGAUGUUUUAGGCUGGUUCUGUACUUCUAAUCCCUUGCCAAGGGUCCCCGAGAACAUGCCCGUAGUGACAGGUCCCGGGGUGGGUCGAUCAGCAGCGAUAGAGAAGCUCAAAGCAGAGGCCAUUGCAGUCGAAGCAGCCAAGGAGAGACAACGACAGGCCAACCGUCCACAACCUCUUAAACGCUCUCCAGCAAAGGCAAAGGACAGCUAUUAUGAUCGUGUGCGUAGAUUGGAGGAAAUCUCAAAGAUCUAUAAUGAAGAUGAAACAGACAUCACCAGCACCACCGGGACCGAGGAUAUUGGACCCACCAGUCGACCUUUCAACUCUAGCGCUUUUCCAGGCGAUGACGAUUAUGACCCUCGACAAAACACCGAAACGGACGUGUACAAAAGUUGUAGUUUUGACGUCAAUUUAACUCCUCCACUCCCGAUUGCAAACCAUCGACAAGAGAUCGUCCGUGUGAUAGAGUCAAACUCAGUGACAGUGAUCCAAGGCGAAACCGGGAGUGGUAAAAGCACGCAAGUGGCGCAAUACAUUCUGGACCAUCAUGUGAGAAGCCAGAAGUAUUGCAACAUUGUUUGUACCCAACCUCGUCGUAUCGCUGCCACAAGUAUCGCCAAAUACGUGUCCCAAUGCAGGGGGUGGGACGUGGGGGGUAUGGUGGGUUAUCAGAUUGGCAUGGACAGGAAUAUUAGUGAAAACACACGACUGACUUUUGUUACGACCGGAGUACUGCUGCAGAAGAUGAUCAACAUGAAGAGCUUGAACCAGUACACACACAUUAUUCUGGAUGAGGUCCAUGAGAGAGACAAGGAUACGGACUUUUGCCUGCUUGUCGUGCGUAAGCUCAUCAGAACUAACUCAAAGCUUGUCAAGGUGAUCCUCAUGUCGGCCACAAUCGAGGCACAGAUGUUUGCUAACUAUUUCUCGUCCCGUGUGGAGGGUAUUCCCCGCCCUGCCCCCAAACUGUCUGUGGAGGGGAGGACCCAUCCUGUCCUCGAGUUUUUCCUGGACGACAUCCGACACGUGGGAACUUGCAAACCGAUGGAUCCAGACAAUCCCAGAGUGACGGAGGAGGCUAUGAACAUGGCACUUCGUCUCAUUCUGAGCUUUGACGAUCUCGCCUCCGAUGACCCAAGGUAUGGUAAGGGAAAUUUUGUGCGAGGGACCGUGCUUGUGUUUCUACCGGGACUGCCAGAGAUACGGGAAAUGCAGGAUCUCCUCUCAAAACGCUCGGGAACAAACAACUGGACGAUGCUCCCCCUCCAUUCCACCAUAUCCUCAGAGAACCAACAUCGAGUCUUCCUCAAGCCUGAAGCUGGAAGCAGAAAGAUAAUUCUGGCUACAAACAUUGCUGAGAGCUCCAUCACUGUCCCAGAUAUUCGCUAUGUGAUUGAUUUUUGUCUGGUGAAGCAGCUGACGUGUGACUGGCGAACAAAGUAUGUGUGCCUCAAGACUGUUCUGGCCUCUCAAGCAUCGCUGACUCAGCGAAAGGGCCGAGCAGGUCGUGUGGCUAGGGGGAGAUGCUAUCGGUUGAUAAAGAGAGAUUUCUACAACAAACAUGUGCCAGAGUACAGCACUCCUGAGAUGCUACGCUGUCCCCUGGAAAGUGUGAUCUUGAAGGCCAAAAAGUUGGACUUUGGUGAACCCCGCUCCAUCCUAGGCUCUGCCCUCCAGCCACCCAAACUGGACGAUAUUGAGAGAGCUAUCCUCAAUCUCAAGGAGGUGGGUGCGCUGACAGUGCUAUACGAAGGGGUAAACAACCCCUACAACGGAGAUUUGACCUUUGUAGGGGUCAUUUUGGAGACACUCCCUAUAGACGUGCGUCUGGGGCGUUUGGUGAUCCUGGGUCAUGUGUUUGGGUGUCUGGAGGACUGCAUCAUCAUCGCAGCUGCCCUCUCAGCACGCCCCCUCCUCAGCAGCUCGUUUACAAACCCUCUCAAGUCUUACAAGUCAAAGAGAGCUUGGGCGAAUGGAACAGACAGCGACUGUUUGGCAUUUCUCAAUGCAUACAAUGCGUGGAGAGAACAGAGACAUCUCUUCCGUGGUUCAAAUGAGGAGCGGUGGUGCGAGAGAAACAUGAUCAGUUAUCGAGCCAUUCGCGAGGUCGACGAGGUUGUGAGGGAACUACGAAUGAGGCUGGCAACUCGCGGUAUUCGUCCCCCAAAACGCACUACUAUCAGAAAGUUUGAGGAAGAUCGCCAUCACAGAUUGAUUCUCAAGUUGGUGAUCUGCGGGUCGUUCUACCCUCAAUACUUUAGCUGGCUGCCUCUAGAGGAGGAGAGUUGUGAGAAGGCCAUGUCCGGCCAUGACCCAAAGACAACCAUCAUGUUGUCAGCACUACCUCGUGAUCCUGUAACCCACAGUGACCAGAUCUGCCAGAUGUUCAACAUCUGCGGCAAAGGAAAAGCACUUCACUUUGAGACUUUCAAAGUGUUUGUUGAGUUUGAGAGACCUCACUCGCACUCCCGAUCACAAUCAGCCGACGCCCCCGUCCUGGAUGCUGUCCUCAUCGCACUCAAACGCCGACAAGAGAGGAACAAGCUUGCCCUCUACAUUGACGAGUCCCCUCUCCCCUCUUCACAGAGGAACGAGGACGUCCCUGUAAUUAGAGCCGGGGCACUGAAGGAGAUGAAGCUCCCUGAUAGUGGCACUAAGCAGAUUGUCAUCACUGAGUACAUUGAUGCUGGCCACUUCUGGGCCCAGUUGGCUGACCAGGUUGCCACGACGAACAUGAGACGGCUAUUGGACAGUAUCAACACUCGUAGUCUGAAGCCACUCCUUUGUCCCCCAGCCAAGAUGGAGGGCAUGUUCUGUCUUGCCCCUUUCUCUGAGGACGGGCUGUUUUAUCGGGCAAAGGUCGUUGGCAUGGAGGUCGUCGAGGAGACAAAUGAGGUGUAUGCCCAUGUGGUAUUUGUGGACUACGGUAACGUGGAGAUGGUGAAUACUGGUGUACUGUGUGAGCUCUCCUCCAGUGACACAGAGCUCGAUAUGCAGGCCAUCGAGUGUUUCCUCACGUCCGUCAAACCCACCAUUCAGAGCUCAUCUGAUGGCAAGUGGUCAGCUGAGGCAAACGACAGGUUCAAGCAACUCACAAUGAGCAAAUACCUCAUGAUUCAGGUGUACUCUCAUGUGGGGAAUUCCCUACGUGUCGACUUGUACGAUACGACAAGCCAGGAGGACAUCUUCAUCAACGAGGUGCUUGUGAAAGAAGGUCAUGCUGUCCACUGUGAGGAGCCCUACCCCUCGAAGUUUGCCCACGUUCAGACUCUAGCAGCUCAGGCGUCCGAGGCCUCGACCAGUGUGGGGGGUAGAGGAGGGAGGUACGAGUCCAGCACCACCAAGACCAUCCCCUGGCUGGAGGAGGACAGGACCAAGAAGUACCCCAGAGGCAGGAAGUUUGAGCUGAGAGGUCCUGACAGUAUGUACGAGGUGACCUUCCACCAGAUGACCAUUGCCGGGGGAUACCGACAGGCUCGCAUCGAGCGAGACUCAGUCAAUUGUAUCGUGGUCAACAGUGAACCACAGGACCGUCGUGACAGACUGAUGGUGGCAGGCUAUGUGGCGUUAAACCCCUCAGGCAAUACCUGCAUCGCUAGACACACCACCCUCAUGCCCAACAUCCCUGCACUCCUCCACUUGGUCGCCAUUUUGUUUGCACCCUGUGUGGAGAUGAGAGCUGAUGAGUUGAAGCGUCAGUACACUGGGGCCAUUUGUGGGUUGGGUUUCGAUGUGGACACAGAUGAGAGCAUCUACAGUGAGCACGAUAUGGAGUUGACCUUUGACACCCUCAUCUCACAGGAUGACCUCAAAAUGGUGAACAACCUUCGUCUGGUGAUCAACCUCGCUGUAGGGGACGAGGAUGUUAUUGGAGAGUUGAAUGACACCAUGUUGCAGGAGGUCCAGACGAAAGCAAGGAACCUCAUUAAAGAGCUAAUUCUGAAGCCUCGUGACUCCAUCACACCGUACCAAGGAGUGAGUGCAGGCUGGAACAAGGUGAGGAGGAGGGAUAUACUCAGAGUGGAUACAGGGGAGACAGACGACUCCUCCCAUCCUCUCUUCCCCCUACACCUUGGCAUCAACAUCUCUGAGGAGAGGAUUGACCAGCAGAGGAGUGCUAGAGUACUGCUAUUGAGGGAGGCCAUCAAGGAACUACACAAGAAGACAUCAGAUUCUCGUACACCUGCGAGGCUGUCAUGUGACCUAUGCAAUGUGCUGUGUGGGUGUCCCCUGGAGCUCAAGCAUCACUUCUCCACAGUGAAGCACAGAGUGUGUGAGGAGAGAUUGUUCAGUGAUGACCUGCAGCUGGACUUGAGCAGGGAGGAGCUCAGCAAACUAGAACUGAAAACAUGAACUUUAUUAUUUAACCCGUCCAAACUGUUGUUUCAUUUAUUCUCUUUCUCUCGUUCACAUAUAUAUUAUCAUACUCUCAAAUGAGAUUGUUUUUCACAACUAUUUAUACUUCAAUUCAUGAUUCUUUAUUAUCUCUUAUAAUUACGUGAAA